AGUUGGUAGAAAUGGAAAAUCCGACAAAAAAUAAUUCACCCCACGAGGAGGGCCCUUCGCAGCCCUCUUCGUAUAAAGAUAAUGGGGAAGAGGAAGAAGAGCAGGAAUAUGAUGAGGAGGAGGAAUGGGAUCUACAAACGGAAAGGAGCACUUCCUUGGGCGGCUUUAGUAAAUAUGAAGAAGAUUUCUUUGAGCCACUCCCACCCGACGUUCGCACUGCAGAUGUGCCCAUGCACAAAUAUCCUUUCAAGCUGAAGCACACCGAAUCUGGAAACAUUCUCACCGUGCAUCAUACGAUCAAAGAUGUGGAGCGUGCUCUUAGGAUUCGCAUUGCCGCCUGCUGCUUCAAUGAGAUGAGCAACAAGCUGGUGGUCAUUGAUAGACGCGGCAACAUCUACGUCUUUGACUUUGUCUGCAAACGCUAUUGGCGUCUGAGCUUCAGCUUGCCCCAGGCGACACUGGUGCUGGCCUCGCCACUCCAGCGUAGCGAAUAUAUUGUGGGCAACGACCUGGGCCAUGUCCUCACGGUCGAUGUCGAUAAAUCCAUUUUGCGCCGGCGCAAUGCAGUCGGCAAUGCGGCGAUUGAUGAAAUCUCCUGGGGCAAUCGACUGAAAAGUUCCAGUGCACCCAACACGGUAAUGCGCUUCGGCACAUCGGCUGUGCUGUUGAAUUUGAGAACCCUGCAGGUGUCACAUCAACUGGAGUUUGAUCAGUCGCGUUUCACGCUCAAGUUUGCUGGCUAUUUGCCCAGCUCGGAUCAGUUCUUCACCUGCUUCACCAAUGACUCCAUCCAUUUGUGGUCGACUCACACGCUUCAAACUGUGAACAUUGCCCAGCCCAUUAAGGCACGCGAUCGCAAACUGCGCCUGCUGCGCAGUGAUAAGACGAUACCGGAGAUUGUUUUGCGUGGCGCAGACGAUGAGGAAACCGACUUGGAGGAUGCUCUAGCAUUCAAUUGCGAGGAUCAGCAUUUUGCCGAUGGCAAGCUGCUCAGCUACAGCUUUUCACCCAACAGUAACAAGCUGUGCCUGAGCACAUUGGAUGGCUAUCUGUUGCUGCUCAGUACGGCAUCUCUCGAGAUCGACAAGUUGUUUAAACUACGCGAUUUCAUCUUGAAGCAAAUGGUGUUACUGCCGCAGCCCAAGGAGCGCAUACUCUUUGCCAUCACAGCACGCGGCAUGGCUAUUAUGCUGGACCUGGAGCACACCGAUCAUAAGCUAAUCGUACAGCGCUCCAAUGCUGCUAACGUGAGUGUUAGUCGCGAUGGCAAGCUGCUUAGUGUGCUGUCCAAGUGUGGUGAGCUGAAUGUGUGGUCCACUUGCCGGUUGUUCAAUGCUCUGCAGGCACAGACACACUGCAUAUCAGAGCUACGUGCGACACUGAAGCAGCCGAAGCUGCCUGGCGCUGUGGGCACCGCCAUGAACCGUGAACUGCGUCAGCUGCUGAAGCGCGAACGUUUGGUGGCCAUGCUGGGCGAGUAUGGAUAUUAUCCGGAAAAGUAUAGAUUUAUUAUAUGGAGCACGCUGCUGGAACUGCCCUCCAAUGGCGUCCAGUUCCAGUCACUGCUCAAGCUUGGCCAGCCGUCAAUUGUCAAGCAGCGUGCACGCUGCCUACAGAUCAGGAGCGACGCCCAAAGGCGGGCCGUAGUUAAGAUUUGGAGCUGCUUGGCGCGCUGGUGCAAGGUUUUUGCCUAUACGGAUUUUAUGCCAGAUCUGAUCUUUCCCUUUGUCAAGCAAAUGACCAAGAACGGCUUGGUGGUCUUUGAGCUGCUCGUGACGCUGCUGCUCAACCAUUUGCAGCUUUGCUUUGAAUUCCAUCCGCUGCCGCCCGGCAAUUAUCUGGCCAUGUGCGAGAAUGUGCUGCAGGUCCAUGAUGAGCAGCUGAGCAAGUUCUAUCAAGCAAUGGAUGUGAAGCCAAAAGAUUAUGCAUGGUCGCUGCUAACCAAUGGCUUUGCCGAGGUGCUAGAGGAGCAGCAAUGGCUGAUGCUGUGGGACAAUAUCAUCACGGAGCCACCACAUUUCAUUAUAUUCGUUAUUGUGGCCUACAAUUUGAUGCAAAGGGAGAUCAUUAUGCGCCUGCCGGAGAAAUCGGCUGUGCUUUGGUUCUUUCACGAACAGAAUCCCAUUGAUGUGGCCAAGUUGGUGUUGCGAGCCCGGAAGCUAAUGAGCAAAUGUCCAGCCCACGUGCACCCGAAACGCUUUAUGCCACCCUUUGCACCUAUACCCAAGGGCGUAUAUCCCAAGUUUCUCAAAUAUCCCACUGAGUGGAUUGAGCAGCAGGAGGAACAAACAAUCGAGCUGAUCAAGCAACAUCAGGAGAUUGAUGCGCGCAUACGUAACUUGGAAUUGGAGGAGCUCAAAAUGAUGGAUCGUCUGGAGAACGGUCUCAAGCAGGAGGAGCACACGCGCCGGCUUAAGGAAAUGGAGAAGCUCUACCAGGACACCAUACAGCGCGAAGGGGAGCGUAUUGCCUGCCACCGCAAAAUGCUGCUCACGUAUCAGCUGGAGGUGCGGCAGCGCAAGAGCGAGAUCAUGAGCAAGCUUCAGGAGUCGGAGCAGCGUCGCAAGAUAUUGGAAAUGGAAAAGGACAUUGACGAGCUGAUGCACAGCGUCGAGCGCGAGCGACGUCGCCAAAAUCAGGAAAUGCUAUUCGCCGAGGAUGAGAUACGCAACCAGGAAAUGCAGCUGCUGGAACAGCAUUAUUGCCUGAAUGUACCAGAUGCACCUCUUGCUCAAAAAUACUACGAUAGCAUACAAAAAAUGCGCCAGGAAAGGGAUAAGCUACAGCAACAGCUGCGGCAGAUGAGCAUGGAGCAACUGCAGCAGCCAACUACGUCAGAAAGGGCUACUCCAGUGCAGCCACAUCUAUCAGAAAUUGAACGUUCAAUUCUGGAAAUACAACGCGAAUUCACAGAUCUCGUAGCCAGCGACAGAAGUAAGUAACAGGGGGCUAUAUACUUAUAUUAGUUUGUUUAGCUAAGAUAACAAGUCUGAUUAUUUAUGCUCACAUUGUGUUUUUUAACCAUUGUUUUAUACAUAUUUAUGAACAUUUUCGUAAACUAGCCAGGCACUUGUUUAGAAAAGGCUUUUUUAGAGGCAUAAAUUAGUAAAAUAC